GCUCAGUGCGGGACUUUUAUGUGACCGGUGUAGUGACAAGAAGCCAUGGAGGUCUACCGAAGAUCCUCUGGGCUGGUGCUGCUCCUUGGAUUGUUUCUUCUCGCCACUACCUUGCAGGGUGUGCAAGGUGAGGUCGAGUCAGAAGGUCCUUCCGAAUCCGAAUGUAGGCCAUAUAUCGAAAAGGCUUUGAAAGAGCUGGAGGCGGGCGAAGUUGCCGCGGGAUCAUCGGCAGAAGAUGGCGACGGUGAUAGCAAGGAAGAUAUUCCCACUGUAGAAAUAACUGACGACUCCGCUCACCAAGAAGGCGACGGAGAAAAAGACGAUACUAACGAAGAAGGUCAAGACAGUAAUGAGAACGUUCAAACUGUUUCCGAAAAAAUCGAGCCAGAGGUACGACCAACUGUUAUUCAAAAAAUUUCUUCAUUUUUCCAAAAAGUUUUUCAGAGAACUCCAAGCAAAAAAGAAGAAGCAGCAAAUGAAAGCAAGCAAUCUGAAGAUAAGCAAGAUGAUGCUAGCCAAGAACAGCAGGAUGAAGCUUCUGUAAAUGAUGCCGAUCGAAAAGACGCCGAAGAAGACGACGAACAGAAAGAAGAUUCGAAGGAAGACGAUACCAAACCUGACGAAGCAGUAAGCGCAGAAGACGAUGGUAAGGAUGAUGCUAGCAAUGAAGGGGACGUUGAGAAAGCUGAUGACAAAGUGAGCGAAGAUGAGGAGAGUAAAGAACAGCAAACUGAUGACAAUGUGAGCGAAAAUGAGGAGAGUAAAGAACAGCAGGCUGAGAGUGAGGAAGAAAAAGCUGAUGUUGAUGAUAGUAAAGAGGAAGUUGAAGCUCAACAAAAUGCAGAUGACUCGACGGAAGAUGACGGUGCACAACAAGACGAAAGUAAAGAGGAACAAGCUCAAGACCAAGACAAGAGUGAAGAACACGGAGACAGUUUAGAGGAAAGGAUAGAAGCCGAAAUUAUAGAACAUCUAACACAAUCCCAGGCCCAAAUUCAAGAUGAUGAAAGCAAAGAAGACGAACCAGCAGCACAAGUUGAAGAUCAAAAGGAAAGCAUAGAAGAUCAAGCUCAAAGUGAUGAAGAUCAAGCCCAGAGUGAAGAAGAACAACCUAAAAGCACAGAAGAUACACAAGAUACAAAAGAUGAUGACUCAAAGGAAGACGAUGGAAAAGAUGGUGAAUCAAAAGAAGAUGAAAAAAGUGAUACGGAAGACGAUAAAGAAGCGUCAAAAGAAGUUACUAAGGACGAAACUGAUGAUGACAGUAAAGAGGAUGAACAUGAACGGCAUAAAAGAUCUAUUGAUGAUGCUCAGGAUGAUGAAAUAGAAUCAAAGGAAGAAGAAGCUGUUUUAAAAGAAGAUGCGUCAAAAGAAGACGAUACAAAUUCUAAAGAGGAUGAAGCAGCUACAAAAGAAGAAGUGGAUGAUAAACAAGAGGAAGCAGACUUAAAAGAAGACACAGCUGAGUCCAAAGAAGACGAUGUGGAUUCUAAAGAAGGAACAACAGAAGAUGCUGACAAGUCUGAUGAAAAAGAAGAGCCUCAAUCAGACGAAAAAGCCGAGGAUGAUAAACAAGAUAGUGCCGAAAACAAGGAAGAUGACCAAAAAGAUGGAGAUAGCAAAGAAGAUGACGCAAAAUCAACUGAACAAGAUGAUAAAGAUGAUAAAGAUGAAAAGGAGGAAGGUAAGUUUUCAACUUCGGUAUUGGAUAGUUUACAUAAUUUUGAAUUUGUAGAUGUUAAGCGUGACAGCAGGGAAGAUAAUACAGAUGAUAAGUCUGCAGAAGUAGAAAAAGAUUCUAAAGAAAAAGAUGGUGGCGAUAGCGAGGAAAACGAGACAUCUGAUGACAAUAAAAGUGCGGAAGAUGGUGCUCCUGUGGAGGAACUAUCCUUUGACACGGAAAUUCCAAGCGACUUACGACCUAGAGAACACGUUGAGCAACUUCUUAAGCUCGACGAACAAUCUUCAGAUACAGAAACAGUAAUUAACAGGGUCUCUGAAAUAACCUUAAGAGAUCUUAAGAAACUUUAUGAAAAUGCUAUCAAGCCCUUAGAAGUUUUGUACAAAUACAGAGAUCUAAGUAACAGGCAUUUCGGUGAUUCGGAAAUUUUCUCCAAGCCACUAAUUUUAUUUAUGGGACCAUGGAGUGGAGGAAAAUCAUCAAUUAUAAACUAUCUCACUAACAACGAAUAUAACGAUACCUCGUUAAGGACAGGGGCUGAACCAUCGCCAGCUUAUUUUAACAUUUUGAUGUAUGGUGAAGAACCAGAGGUAAUUGAUGGAACUGAAUUAGCUGCUGACUUCACAUUUUCCGGAUUACAAAAGUUUGGACAAGGAUUAGAGGAACGCCUUAGAGGUGUUAAGUUACCUUCUAAACUGCUAGAAAAAGUUAACAUUGUGGAAAUACCUGGUAUUCUUGAAGUUCGGAAGCAAGUUUCAAGAGUAUUUCCAUUUAAUGAUGCCUGUCAGUGGUUUAUCGAUAGAGGUGACAUUAUAUUCUUAGUAUACGAUCCCUCAAAGCUAGACGUAGGACCAGAAACAGAAGCAAUCCUAGAUCAACUCAAAGGAAGAGAACACCAGACCCGUAUUAUUCUCAACAAAGCUGACCGAGUCAAACCAGAAGAGCUCUUGAGAGUGCAAGGAGCCUUGAUAUGGAACAUUUCUCCUUUGAUGUCAUCUCCGCAACCUCCAAUUAUGUACACAACCUCAUUAUGGUCACGACCUUACGAACCUUGGGCCCCCGUAAGACUACUGCAAGCUCAGGAAAGAGCUUUUCUGAGAGACUUGAGAGGGGCUGUCGACAAAAGAAUUGAAAAUAAAAUAGCAAGCGCACGUAGAUUCGCUGUGCGUGUACGCAACCAUGCCAAAAUGGUGGACUGUUAUCUCACAACUUACUAUAAUCACAAAUCGGUCUUUGGUAACCGGAAACAAGUAGCUGACGCAAUUAUAGAGCAUCCUCAAGAUUACCACAUCUACGAAGGACUUUCUACCCUCACGAACAUUUCCCGUUACGAUCUUCCAGAUCCAGAUGUAUACAAAGACUUUUUCAAACUAAAUCCACUGUAUGAAUUCCAGCAACUAUCAGCAACAUGUACUUACUUUAGGGGUUGUCCAAUCAAUAGGUUAGAUAUCGCCAUUGCGUACGAUCUUCCAGAGCUGUUAGGGACGCACAGGAAACGGGUAGAGAGUGCAUUAACAGAAGGACAGUCUGGCUCACAACAACAAACUUCAACGCCUGGUAGUUGAGCUAGUAGUAACAGUCCAAGUAUUAACCAAACUUGUAGAUACAAGUCCUGUGAAUACUGAGAAAACUGAUGUUAUCCCAAAACAUCGACUAAACGACUCGUUUAUUCUGAAAAGAGGCUUAAAAUGACAGUCCAAGUUUUGGGAUAAACAUCUAAAUUUUAUUUAAGACUUUAAAAACGCACUCAGCGUUAAAAUAUCGUGAGAUCUUCCAUUUUCGAAUUUUGUGGUAAAUGUUUUUCUUCCUUGUAAACGAAAAAUGACUUAUUUUAGGACCUUUGUGCUAACGUGGCCAUAUGGACUGAUGUAAACUAACUUAUGUGAACAUCGAAGACGUUUUAGCGCUAUGCUUUCAUGGUAUUCUUUCAUUUUGAGCAAACUGAAGCAUCCCAACGUACUCACAACUUUUCAUUCUUUAAUAACCCAUUCUUUACUUGUAAGCUUGAAAAGAAAGAAUAUUACUAUAGUCUCCUGCCAGUGUGUUGAUCGCAUUUAAGAGUUCUUGCUAUCGGAGUGUUCUUGCAUCCAGCAGUCGAUUUCAAAGAGAGUAGGCAAUUUAAUAUAUUUUUGACACCAGGUGUACAAUUCCUUACUAAAAUUUCAAAAACUGCGAAGGUUUAUUCUUGUUAUGUGUAUAUUGAAUGUACAGAUAAUUGAUACGUUGUAGUCCGUGUAACUUAGUUAUUUUAUUUGUUCUUUUUCAUUCGAAUUAUUUAUGAAUAAUAACAUUUAAGAAGACAUUAAUAGGUUAAGUAAAUGAAUAAAAUAAAUAUGUUUACAUUUGU